CUGAAACCAAGGACAAUAAAGCUGCUCCAAAGAGGAAGCCACGCAGACCUCAGAACCAAAUCAGCGUCCCACCUGGAAUCCUCGAGCAUCUUCUGUUGGUAGCUCUGGAGAUCCACAGGACUCCAACAGCAGGAGGAGCUGCUGUCCUUGAGAAGGUAUUCAGUGGACAGAUUCACCCCUGGAAGCUGCGAUGGGCCGCCUCCUCCUCCUUGUGAGAUUUGCCAUUUAUAUCUUCCCAGUUCUUGCUUCCUGGGACGUCACUUACCCCCCCAGUCUGAAGGCCAUCAAGGAUUCCUGUGUCCUGGUCCCGUGCACUUUCACCUACCCCAGCACGAUCUCGGUCUCAGGCAAGAUCACUGCCAUCUGGUUCAAAGAACAGAAUGACCAGCAAAUCACGGCUUUCCACUCGAAGUCUCCCGAGGCGGUUGAUGCUCGCUUUCGCAGCCGCACCGAACUCCUGGGGGAUCCUCACGCACGCAAUUGCACCCUGCUCAUGCGCCACUUGACGAGAGAAGACAGCGGCAAGUACAGCUUCCGGUUUGAAAUUGACAAAGUGAAUAGCUGGACGCAGAAGAAGGAACUUCAGUUGACCGUCACAGAUAACCCUGAUACUCCCACCAUUGCUGCCCCAAAUGAUCUGCGGGAGGAAGUGCUGGCAACUUUUGAGUGUUCCAGUCCGUAUGUCUGUCCCUACGACCACAGCUCCCUGAAAUGGUUUGGCUACAACCCCGAGAAGUCACGUGUGUCUGGGACGGUCCAGCUUGGCACCACUGCAGCCAUCCGGAAGCAAAUUCUCCAAACUUCACUGACCUGGGAGGACCACCAGCACAAGCUGGGCUGUGAAGCAUCUGUUGGGACGCAGAAGGCAAAAGGGGAAAUUACUCUCCAGGUGGCACAUGCCCCCAAAGGCAUCAAGGUGACCCUAAACCCACCCACCAAAAACAUCCAAGUGGGCGAUGCAGUGUCUCUGACGUGCAGGGUUAGCAGCAGCUAUCCAGAAGUCACGGCCUACAGGUGGUUCAAGGAUGGCACUGCCUGUGGGACUCAGCAGGUUAAAAACAUCCAGCAUGUUUCCCGUGAGGAUUAUGGCCUCUACCACUGUGAGGCAGAAAACUCGCUUGGCACAGGGGUGGCCGAAGAUGUCACCCUCUUCAUUUUCUCUGCUGUGCUGUCCGUCAGUCCUUCCUCCGAUGUAAGAGAAGGUGAGAAGGUCACCUUGACUUGUGAUGUUCCUGGAGAAGACCAGCAGGAGAUCCACUACAGCUGGUUCAAGAACAACAUCUGGUUCAAGGAAGGCACAGCCCGGAUCCUGACCUUUCAGGAGGUGACCGUGGGGGACACUGGGUAUUACUCGUGCAAAAUUCAGAAUGACAAAGGAAGCGGAUCGUCCCUAGCUGUCAGCUUAACGGUUUUCUAUCCUCCAAGGUCGCCGUCCCUCACCUUGUUCCAGGAGUCUCAGGGAGGGCAGCUGGCCAUCGUUCACUGCGCGGUUGACAGCAACCCCCAGUCUACCCUGAGCCUCUUCCGGAACCAGCAGCUCCUGGCCACCACCAGCUCGCACUCGGCCCCCAGCCAGCGGAUCAGCAUCGCAACCACUCGCAACUCCCUGAAGCUAGAGAUCCAGAAGUUAGUCCCAGAAGACGAGGGGGAAUACCGGUGCGUAGCAACCAACAAGUAUGGGAAUGCCAGCACUGCAAGUUUCUUCAGGACCCAGACUGCCAGGGUGGUGGCCAACCCCUCCAGAGAGCUGGUGGAAGGCGAGCGAGUCACCCUGACCUGCACUACCACCCUGGGGACCGAAGAGGAGACCACGUACACUUGGUAUAAGAAUGCCAAGUGGCUACAGCAGGGCCAGGAGGAUACUCUGGUCCUUUCGGCAGUGGUCAGCGGGGAUGCUGGGACAUUCCACUGUGUGGCUGAGAACAAGAAAGGAAGUCACGCCUCACCACCCAUCACUCUGCGCGUGCUCUAUUCUCCAAGGCUGCCCGUGAUGAGCUCCUUCCUAGAGACCCAAGGAGGACACCUGGGCAUUAUCCAGUGCACCAUUGACAGUGACCCGCCCUCAGAGAUCGCUUUGUACAAGGGCAACACACUCGUGGGCUCCACCAGCAUUGUUCACCUGGCAACUGACCCAAGAGUGCACGUGGCCACCUCCUAUAACACCCUGAAGGUGACCAUCAAGGACCUGACGCUGGACGAUGAAGGAGAGUACAUGUGCUCAGCUCAAAACCGCUAUGGAGACGCCAUGGCCACCGUGGAGUUCACCGCAGAAACCGUGAGAAUCGUCAUCACCCCGUCCUCGGAGGUCCGCGAAGGCAGCGCAGUCCGUCUCUCCUGCGCUCUGACCGCCGACGUCUCCGCCUCGGCCAACUACUCCUGGUUCAAGGAGGGCGUCCGUCUCCCUGGGGCCUCCGGGGAUUCCCUGGCGUUCGAGCAAGUGGCCGCUGACGAUGCCGGGGGAUAUCAGUGCCGGGUGGACAAUCCGGGAGCCAGCAAGACCUCCCCUUCGACCCCGCUGUCUGUGCUGCAUGCCCCUAGGAAUCUCCAGGUGUCGGUUUUCACGGAGACCGAGAGAGGGACAGUGGCCAUCUUUCAAUGUUCCGUGGAGGGCAACCCUCCGGCCACACUGGUCCUCUAUAAAGGAGACAGCAUCCUGGCCACCAGCAACUCAAAGACCGAUGCGGCCUCUCGACGGAUCAGCAUCACAACCAGCCCCAACGCCAUGCGCGUGGAGAUGACGGGCAUCGUGCCGGAAGACCAAGGGAGCUACAACGUUACGGCCACCAACGUGCACGGAUCCACCUCCAGACAGCUCUACUUUCGGGUGCAAACGGCCCGGAUUCUGAUCACGCCGUCCCCGGAGCUGCUCGAAGGGGACAAAGUCAGCCUCACCUGCGACGUGAUGGGAAGCAUCCGAGACAAUGCCAGCUUCUCCUGGUACCGGAACAGCAAACGCCUCCAAGGGGGCACCGACGGCACGCUCACCUUCCUGAAAGCAACCCACCAGGACGCCGGGUCGUAUUACUGCAAAGCCCAGACCCCAGACCAGGACGGUGUCAGCAUCUCCCCGUCCAUCAGCAUCACCGUUUUCUACCCCCCUCGGAAACCGCAGAUGACCGCUUUCCUUCAGGCGCAGGGCAGCCGGGUGGCCAUCAUCCAGUGCACCGUUGAGAGUGACCCCCAGGCCCACCUUGCCAUACGCAAAGGCCAGGAGCUCUUGGCCUCCAGCAUCGACUCCAGUCCUCCCCACAACCAGCGGCUCAAGAUUUCCCCCACGUACAACAGCCUGAGGGUGGAGAUCUGGGACGUGGUGUUGGAAGACGAGGGGGAGUACGUGUGCUCCGCAGGCAACAGAUAUGGCAACGGGAGCGCCAGCGUCGCCUUCAGUGCGGAGCCUGCAAGGCUAUGGAUUUCUCCUCCAGAUGUCCCUGAAGGGAACUCAGUCAAUCUGACCUGUGCAGUCGACACUGACGCUGUUGGUGAGAUGCACUACACCUGGUUUAAGAACAACAGGUGGUACGCAGAAGGCUUGUUCAAGACUCUGGUGCUCCACCAGGCCACCGUGGCAGAUGCCGGGACCUACUACUGCACUGUCAAGACCCGGGAAAGGAUGCGGAACUCCUCCUUAAGCACCUUGAAUGUCCUCUAUCCACCCAGGAAUGUGUUGGUGAAGUCCUUCUUGGAGAUUCAGAAAGGCAGGUUGGCCAUCAUCCUGUGCACCGUUGACAGUAACCCACCUUCUGCGCUGUCACUUCAUCAUGCUGACCAAGUCUUGGCAGCUACCUCCUCCCAAAUCCGUGGGGUGCCAGGCCUUAAGCUGAGUGCUGCUUCCUCCCCAAAUUCCUUGAGGCUCGAGAUCAAAGAUAUCAGCCUGGACAAUGAAGGGAGCUACGAGUGCUUGGCAAGCAACGCCAUUGGCAAAGCCCGGGCUUCUUUCAACUUCUCCGUGGAGACUAUAAGGCUGGUGAUCCAGCCCGUCCCAGAUGUGCACGAAGGGCAGAGUGCCUCCCUUAUAUGUGAAGAUGCCAACUCCCAAGCAACAGCCAUUUACACUUGGUAUAAGGAUGCCAAAUGGGUGGGACAAGGUUCAGCCGCCUCCUUCCUGCUCCAGGCUGUUACCCCCAGUGACAUGGGAUCCUACUCUUGCCAAGUUCGAGACGAGAGGGGCACCAGGACGUCUCCACCCGUCACUCUGCGUGUGCACUAUGAGCCGAAGAAGGCCACCCUCACGUCCUUCCUGGAAACCCAGUCUGGAAACCAGGCCGUCUUGCAAUGUGCUGUUGAGAGCUACCCACCCUCUGACCUCACGCUGUACAGAGGAAACGUGCUUGUGGCUUCCAGCAGGACGCCCGGGAAUUUGCCCAGCCAGCGGCACAUCGUUCGCGCCUCUCACAACUCCCUGAAAGUGGAGAUCAAGUUGGUCCUGCUGGAGGACGAAGGGGACUACCGCUGUUUAGCCAACAACACGUACGGGGCCUCUGCGUCGUCAGUGCACUUCAGCGUGGAGAGUGCAAGAAUCAUAAUUGACCCAUCGCCAGAUGUUCAUGAAGGCGCUACGGCCAACCUGACCUGUGUGAUUGCCAGCCGGGUGGCGGAACCUAUGAAUUACACCUGGUACAAGAACAGCCGGUGGCUUCAGGAUGGCCCCAGCCCAUCUCUCCUGCUGGGCAGGAUGGCCAGAGAUGACACGGGUGCCUACCAGUGCCAGGCAGCUGGAAGAGCAGGCAGUGUGACCUCCGCCUUAGUCCUUCUGAACGUGCUUUAUGCACCUGAACGCCCCUCCUUAAGUGCCUACCUGGACAAUCAGAAUGCGAAGUUGGCUAUCAUCACCUGCAAAGUGAACAGUCAUCCACCUUCCAGACUGACCUUGUACAAAGACAAUCAGCUCCUGGCUGACACCAGGAGUUUCUUCUCACCAGGUGGUCAGCGUUUCCUCACCUUCGCCUCCCAUAACAGUCUGAGACUGGAGAUUCAAGACAUCACUGCACAGGAUUCAGGACAUUUUGUGUGUCAUGCUGACAACCCAUUUGGCAACACAACCAACAGCAUUACCUUCAAUGCAGACUUACUCUUCCACCUGAACUUCUUCAAGAUCCUGGCGGGGAUAUCCACUGCCUUGGUUUGCAUAGCUGUUCUUUGUGGCCUGGCCUUUGGAGUGCAGAAGAACUACUCCCGGAUAUACGAAGAGUGGAUAAAGUGGAAGCAUGAGAAAAGCCAAAAGGAAGAAGUGCAGCAGGCUGAAAACAAAGAAGAUGUCACCCAGUUGAAUGAAGAGAGCCCUGAAACUCCUUCCACCGGACGAUCCUGCUUCUCCUAUAGAAGUCUGUCAAGGAGGGCUAAACCUGCCCCGGAGGAGGCUGCAUUUGAGUCCAGCUAUACGAGCGCCUUGUGAACCUACCAAGAGGAACUGCAGAUGGGUGCACAAGCAGCCCGAAGGCUGUGCCAGUUGGGCCGGACAAGGGGGAAGACUGUCUAUCUGAAAGGAGCCACUUCAGAUCUUGAGUUAAUCCAUUGCUUUGUCUCCCUCUGAAGCACCACAGUUUUGCCAAGCCCAACAACCUUCACUCAUGCAAAAUGGCCAGAUUCAAAUUCAACCAUUUUCUUUUUUUAAAACCAUAGACAAUUCAGCCUUUCACACUGCCCCUUCCUUCCACUCUGGAUGCCGGCUCUGAGUCUGUCAUUUCUUUUCUGCCCAGCCCUUCAGCCCGUCUCUCAUGGACGCAGAGAAGCGGAGGCACGGAGGGAUGUGCGCAGGUGCACGUGGGCUGAGCCUCCCCCGACCCCCUUGUCUAUCUGCCCUUGAGCACUUCUGCCAUCCAUUUCCCAAGUUGUGCAUGUUUGUUCAUCUCUCUGCACAGUCUGUUGGGAUUUUACGCUGCAGAAGGGUCAGUUGCCUUAGUUCCGGGCACACUGAGCUCUGUGCGCCAUCAACUGUCCUUUCCAUUGCUAGCCCUCCAACCCCACAUUCCCUGACAAUUGAAGGGCAUCACUAGCAACAGGGAUGCCCACCUAUGGCGUGACUCACAGCAUCCACAUCACUGCCACUGAUUCCAUCACAGGUCAAAUAACUUCCUGUCCUGACAGUUUUUCACGGCCAUCCUCAGAAGAAGCACCAACAUUCAGACUCAUUUCUACCAUGUUACUUUGCCGUCACUUGUUUUCUUCUCCAGGAUCUUCAGUGAUCUGGUGCUGGGUGUUUGGCAUCUCAAAGCGAGAGAAACCAGCUUGCCUACAAAGCAAGAGGAGAACCGUGUUAGUCUGUGGUAGCCAAAAAUCAGGAGGAGUCUGGUAGCCCUUUUUUCAGACUGAUAGAUUUGAUUAAGAGGCAGGCGCUUUCACAAGCUUGCUUACUUGGUGUGAAAAAGUGCUCUCAGAUGUUCUGCUGACAGUCAUCCUCGGAUCCUCUGCCCGGCGUUGCACAACCACAAACCGGAGCUAGGUGCCUUGGCUAUGUCGCUAGUGGUGAUAGCCUGUGCCCCUUGUGCUCAGUGGCACCCCGGCGAGAGGGGCUAGAAACUUGCACAGGGCCGUAAAGCUCACCCUUUAAAAAUACGACAAGUCUGUAGACCUCAUGUCACUGCAGGAAAGAAUGGAAAUGGGAAGCACUAUCACACUUGGAAUACAUUUCAAGACGAAUCCCAUGCUGGGCAACAGCAGUGAAAAUAAACCUGCCAACACUGUAAUGCCCUUAUAUAAAUCUGUUGCAUGUCUGCAUCUGGAAUACUGUACAUAGAUUGGGUCUCCACACUGGGGAGAGGAUGGGGAAAGGGGCAGAAGAGGGCCAUCGAAGCAAUCAGGUUGCAAGCUUAAGCGUCUUUGGACAUGGAGCUGCUUAUAAGCCAAAGUAAUAAAAAUCAAAAUGAGAGU